UUAGUAACACAACAAACUCGGUUGUUAAUGUUUGCUAUUAUUAUGUGCAUACGGGAAAUGUCGCGUUUAAUUUGUUUCCUUGUGCUUUGCACUAUCGUCGCAGUGCAGGCAAAGUUUCCUGACGAUCCUAAGCCCUGUAAGCAUGGCGAUACGGAGUGCAUUCUCAAUAUCAUCAAUUAUUUCAUUGCUGAAGAAUCAACAGCCGGAGUUCGGGAAAUAAAUCUAGUCAAGUUGGAUCCAUUACCGGUGGCUAAGAUGAGUCUGAAGCAGGGCGCCGAGAGUCCAGUCAACAUUGAUCUCACAUUUACCGACAACAAUAUCCUUGGCAUUAGCACAAUGAAGUUUACGAAGGUUAAGGGAUUCGGUAAGGAUCUGGCCAAGAAGCACGAGCUGCAGUUGCAUGCCAAUAAGCUAUCCUUGGUUGGGCCCUACUCCAUUAAGGGCAAGGUUCUGAUACUGCCCAUCAGUGGUAAUGGUAAAAGUAAUAUGACUUUGGUCAAUUCCGAUGUGACAGUCGUCUUCACGGGCAAACCUCUCGAGAAAAAUGGCGAGACCUAUAUGGAGGCUACCAAUAUGAAAAUCCUCAUUAAACCGGAGCGUUUAUAUUACUACUUUAGCAAUCUUUUCAAUGGAGAUAAAGCUCUCGGUGACAAUAUGAAUGCGUUCCUUAAUGACAAUUGGGAUGCCAUCUUUAUGGAGGUGCAGAAAUCUAUACAAUCAGCAUUCUCUGAGAUAUUCCAAGCGAUUGUUUCGAAGGUCUUCUCAAAGUAUCCCUAUGAUAAGUUUUUCGAAGCACUAAGCUCAUUAAAUCUAAAUCCUAUAAAAGGCAUUGAUCGUCAGCUGCCAAUGACAGUUUCUCAACAAGAAGCAAUCGGUUCCGUUGUAAAAAUGUCGCGACUUAUCUUUAUUAUCGUUUCCUGUAUUUUUGUCACAGUUCAAGGAGAUUUUCCGGAUGAUCCGAAGCCUUGCAAACAUAGUGAUUCUGAGUGUAUCAAGAAUGUUGUCAAUCAACUUUUACAUGAGAAAGGUGAUAAAGGGGACGGCGGGUUGAAUCUAGUUAAGCUGGAUCCCUAUCCAUUGAAGAAGCUAAGCAUACAAAAGGGCACGGAUAGUCCUAUAAGCAUUGAUCUUGUUUUUACAGACAAUUUAAUAUAUGGUCUGAAGAACCUUAAAACAACUGGUGUCAGAGGAUUCAGCAAGGAUUUGACUAAGCGACACGAGCUGAAAUUUCAUGCAGAUUCAUUAUCCUUGGUUGGUCCUUACAGAAUUAAUGGCAAAGUUUUAGUACUGCCCAUUAGUGGAAAAGGACAAUCAAAUUUUACUUUUGAAAAUACCGAUAUUACAGUGAGCUUCAACGGCAAGCCCAUCGAAAGAGACGGCGAAAUAUACAUGGAGCCUGUAAAUUUUUUUGACUGAUGCCAGUCCAAAGCCAUUACAUUAUCAUUUCACCAACCUUUUUAAUGGGGAUAAAGCUUUAGGCGACAAUAUGAAUUUAUUCCUUAAUGACAAUUGGGAGCCCAUUUUUAAGGAAGUAAAACCAGAGCUGCAG